AUGAACGCCAAAUACAACUUCAGCUAUCCUGGAAAUGAAAGCAACUGCAACAGUGAUAACAAAAUCAGUCAAGUUCUCUUUCCCUUGCUCUACACUGUUCUCUUUUUCGUGGGCAUUGUCAUGAAUGGCCUGGCGAUGCGGGUGUUUUUUCAAAUCUCCAGUAAAUCUAAUUUCAUCAUCUUCCUUAAGAACACAGUCAUUUCUGACAUCCUCAUGAUCCUGACCUUUCCAUUCAAAAUUCUCAGUGAUGCAAAAAUGGUGCCUUGGGCACUGAGGGGAUUUGUAUGCCAGGUCUCACAGGUCAUAUUUUACUUCACCAUGUACAUUAGUAUUUUGUUUCUGGGUCUAAUAACUAUUGAUCGCUAUCAGAAAACUGCCAGACCAUUUAAAACAUCAAGCACUAGCAGCCUGUUAGGCGCUAAGAUUCUGUCCACAGUAAUAUGGAUAUUAAUGUUUAUUCUGUCACUACCUAACAUGAUUCUGACAAACAAAAAACCCACGCGUAAAACGGUGAAGAAAUGUGCUCACUUGAAAUCAGAGUUUGGAUUAGUAUGGCAUGAAAUUGUGAACUACAUUUGCCAGUUUAUCUUCUGGGUUAAUUUGGUCAUCAUUGUUGUAUGUUACAUACUCAUAACUAAAGAACUGUACAAAUCAUAUAAAAGAACAAGAUGCACGGGGAAGGUGUCCAGAAAACCUGUAAAUAUUAAGGUAUUUAUCAUUAUUGCAGUUUUCUUUGUUUGUUUUGUGCCAUUCCAUUUUACUAGAAUUCCCUACACCUUGAGCCAAACAAGAGAUGUUUUUCAAUGCUCUGCUCAGAACAUAUUGUUCUAUAUAAAAGAGAGCACCCUCUGGUUGACAUCUUUAAAUGCAUGCCUAGAUCCAUUCAUAUAUUUUUUCCUUUGUAAGUCCUUUAGAAAAUCCUUGAUAAACAUGUUGCACAAACGCAUUAAGGAGCAGAACAAUGGAGAUGAUAGUGAUGAGACGCCAAUGUAA